AUUCUGCUCUCUUUAGUGCUAGUGUUUGGUACAGAGACUAGGCUUGCAGUAUGCAGAGGUAAGAGAGAACCAUGGAUCGGAGGCUGCCAUGUCUUUUGCUUUGCGUCCUGUUCGGACUUACUGGAGGAAGCAGAAAAAUGCCAAAGCUGGCUGACCGGAAGUUGUGUGCGGAUGAGGAGUGCAGUCAUCCCAUUUCUAUUGGGGUAGCUCUGUCUGACUACACCCCCCAAGACUGCCGUUUUAUCCCAAUUAGACGUGGACAAACGCUGUAUAUCUACUCCAAGCUAAAGGGCAGAGGGCGCCUCUUCUGGCUGGGCAGUGUACAAGGAGAUGAAUACGGGGAGUAUACAGCAAGACUGGGUUAUUUCCCAAGCUCUAUCGUACAAGAAGAACAUUAUCUGAUGCCUGGAAAAGUGGAAGUCAAAACCAAUCAAUGGGAUUUCCUGUGCCAGUGAUCGGACUUCCUGUGACCUGUGACCCGUCCUGUACACCGUGUGCUGUGUGAUAGGCUGGGCCGAGUGCGGAGGAGAGGACCUUCUAUCUGCACAUGUGCUGCUUCUUCUUCCCUUCAAUAAAGAAUGCUAUGUAUGCUGUAUUCA